CGCACGUUCUACAUGGCGUGCACAGCUGAUAUUAUGGACCCCUACGUCCCGCCUGAGGGUGAUGCCCGCCUGACUUCCCUAUCCAAAGAUGGGGUGAAGCAGAAGAUGGAGAAGCUGAAGCAGACUGCUACCUCUCAGCUCGCUCUGCGGAAGAUAAAAGAUCAUGAGCUGGAUUUCAGCACUAAAACCUUCCCAGAGAAGGCACAGGAGAUAUAUAUUGAAGCUCACAAUUGCCUUGCGAAUUUUAACAAGCAGAAGCUUCACUCCCUGGUGACAGAGCGCUGCUACCCAGAGAUGGUCCGUGGGAACAGAUACAAAACCAUCCGGUGGAGGUUUGUGGAGUCCCUGGAGCCCCCAAGGGUGGUUCAUGUUCGAAGUGAGAGCAUUGUGAAUCGAGGCAACCUGUAUGGCCAGGUGACGGUGCGGAUGCACACGCGGCAGAUUCUGGCCAUCUAUGACCGCUUUGGGAGGCUGAUGUAUGGAGGGGAGCAGGUCCCCAAGGAUGUUUUGGAGUAUGUUGUGUUUGAGAAGUACUUGGUGAACCCGUAUGGCACGUGGAGGAUGCAUGGCAAGAUCGUUCCAGAGUGGGCUCCUCCAAAGGACCCCAUUGUGAAGACGGUGCUGAUUCCUGGCCCAACCUUGGAUCCCUCACAAGAGUAUGAAGAAAUGAAGUAG